AUGGCAUAUCCUCCAAUCUCGUCGGAAUUCAUUCCUUGCCAAGACGAUAGCAGCGUCUCCUUGACCAAAGCUCACGGCGCAAGAACCGACCGGCUCCGAUGGCAUUCGCAAGGCACAGGUGGCCAAGUAGAGCUUCCUGUAUAUGUCGAUGAAUGGCUCGAUCCGAACGCAUGCGCUUCAAUCGAGCAAGUGGUGGUGCAUGUACACGGCAAGGAGAGAGAUGGGAAUGUUGCAUGGGCCGACAUCGCUGCUGCACGCUCUCGAUUGCCCAUCGGCCAACAAAGUACCACCCUCGUUGUGGUGCCUCAAUUCCUCAAUGGGUUGGACAUAACCAAGAUGCACUCGUCGAAUCAGCACGGUCAGUUGUUGGUGUGGAAAUCGAAUGGUUGGGGAGAAGGAUCCGCGAGCGUCCGUCCGAGGCCUCUUGCCCUCGACCAAGGUGUUUCGUCAUUCGAAGCGCUGGACGCAAUUGUCUGCCACUAUGCAAAUCAGCACAUCUACACUUCGAUCAAGAGGAUCGUGGUUUCUGGACACAGUAUGGGCGGCCAACUCGUGCAUCGCUACUCGGUACUCGGUUCACCGCCUCUGUCACCGCAGCAACGCCUAGUGCUGAAGCUGGAGUACGUCGUGAUGAAUCCUGCGAGCUUUUUGUACUUUGAACCGGAUCGAAUUGGUCCGCCGGCUGCUGUAGGUCCAACUUCCCGUGGCAAGACAAAAGGCGGCAGGGCAGAAAUACUGACUGUCAGUGUCCAACAUCAGAACGCCAACAAUUACAAGUACGGCUUUGAGAAGCUUGAUGUCAAGCUACCAACGUACCGAGGCGUCCAAGAAAGUACAGACGUACAGUUCUACCUAAAGCGAAUGCUUAGUGAAAGAUGCGUUGCUUUUCUACACGGGGAAGCAGACAGAGGCGUAGGCGACGACAGGCCAGAAGCCUUGGCUCAAGGAGCCACUCGAUACGAACGAGCCAUCAACUAUCACCGCCACCUGGAGCAGAUGCAGUCCAAAACCGAUGUGAAAGGCGGACGGCUGUGGACGGUGGAUUGGGUUGCGAAAGUCAAGCACGACGGAAGGGCCAUGACCACGUCAGACGCGGCGAUCGCACGGAUCUUUCAACCUCGCUAG